GGAGAACUACUCUUGGGCCAUGUAUCUUCAAUAACCGGCCUAUUGCUGACACAUGAUGAAAAUCACAUCAUUACUUGCGACCGAGAUGAACACAUCCGCAUUAGCAGGUACCCCGAGGGAUGGGAUAUUGAGAGAUUUUGCCAGGGACACACCAAAUACGUCUCUGCAAUACACAUCACUGGAGCGGACACUUCGACAUUAGUCUCUGGCGGGGGCGAUGACUCGCUCUAUGUGUGGGAUUACAUUACGGGUAAACUUAAGUUUAAGAUCCCCAUUCUGGAGACUGUCCAGCCGCAUGUUAUUGUUCAAGGGGGACGGGAACGACGGCGAGCUCGCACAAGGAAUUAUAAACCUCGUAUAAGGCCACCUGAAGCAAAGAAGGGAAAAACCCAAGAAGAGGGUCAGGGUCAGGCGAGCAGUGCAAUGGAUAUCGAUGUUGAAGUCGGUGAAAAGGAUGGAAGCACGGGAGAGGCAGAUAAGGAUGGAGGCGAAGUCGAGAUAGUGGAAUCGACUAGAGCGAUGAUACCAUCCUCAGAUCAUAUGGUCGAGGAUGUUUUAGUUGUAUCAAGAAUCAGGAGUGGAAUGUUCAGUGGGAGGGAAGUAAUUUUGUUUUCUGUCCUAGGGUGA